GAUAAGUAGCAGAUUGUCGCGUCCGUCCUCAAGAUAAUGUCUGAUAGUAAAUUAUCUCCAAAAUUGAAUUGACAGAUUAAAUAACAGUAGUAUCUUAGGGGUUGUUUCAUCACUUAUCGGCGUAAUUCGGAGCUGACAGGAUGCGGCAAUUGGCUUUGCUGUUGGGAGUUUUACUAACUUUGACCGCAGCAUCCGGCCAAAGAAGAUUCCCGGCGGAUUUCAAAUUUGGCGUCGGAACCUCGGCUUACCAGAUUGAAGGAGCAUGGAAUGAAGAUGGCAAGGGCGAGUCCAUCUGGGACCAUCUGGUUCACAACUAUCCGGAAAAGAUUGCUGACCGAUCCAAUGCAGAUGUUGCCUGCAACAGUUAUCAUAAUUGGCAACGUGAUGUUGAAAUGGUACGGGAGCUGGGCGUAGACAUGUACCGAUUUUCGAUCGCCUGGACAAGAAUCAUGCCGUCCGGUUUCAGCCACGAAAUCAAUCAGGCUGGUAUCGAUUACUACAACAAUCUGAUCAAUGAACUUUUGAAGUACGGAAUCGAGCCGAUGGUCACGAUGUAUCAUUGGGACCUUCCUCAGCGACUGCAGGAAAUUGGUGGCUGGACCAAUCGGGAGAUCAUAGAUCACUAUGUUGAGUACGCUAGAAUUUUGUUUGAAAAUUACGGUGAUCGAGUCAAGACUUGGACCACUUUUAAUGAACCUCAACAAACUUGUCUACCCUCUUACGAAUAUGACGGAAUGGCUCCGGGAUACAAUUUUCCAGCUGUUCCCAGCUUUUUGUGUACCCAUAACUUGUUGCUUUCUCACGCCGAAGCCGUUCAUCUGUAUCGGACUCAGUAUCAACCUGCUCAGAAAGGUGUAAUCGGAAUGGUCUUCGAUGCCUCUUGGUCAUAUCCUAAUAGCGAUUCAGAAGAUGAUCAAGAAGCUUCGAAAACUUCAAUGAGGUUUUACUUGGGAUGGUACGCAAAUCCCGUAUUCCACGGAAACUACCAUCAAUGGAUGAUUGAUCGGGUUGACGAAAACAGUCGGAAGGAAGGUUUCAGUACUUCACGUUUGCCCAAAUUUACUGCUGAGGAAAUGGUCAAGUUGAAAGGAUCAACCGACUAUUUCGGUCUUAACACCUACACGUCCUACAUCGUGUACAAAAACACCGAUCCACAAAGCUUUCCGAAGCCAUCGUUCGUGAACGACGUGAACAUCCAUAGCUAUCAGGAUCCUUCUUGGGGUGAAUCUGGCUCCGGAUGGCUUCGAGUGCAUCCGGAAGGAAUGUACCAUCUGUUGAACUGGAUUCGUACCGAAUACAACAAUCCGGUUAUCUACGUUACCGAGAACGGAGUCAGCGACCGAGGUGGAACUAGAGAUGUGGCCCGUGUUAAAUACUACAACGAUUAUCUGAAUGCCGUUCUGGAUGCCAUGGAGGAUGGCUGUAAUGUACAGGGCUACGUUGCUUGGAGUCUGAUGGAUAAUUUUGAGUGGAGAGCUGGGUUGACGGAGCGAUUUGGAUUGUAUUACAUUGACUAUACGGAUCCAGCGCGAACUAGAAUUGCCAAAAGCUCGGCUAGAUCCUAUGCCAACAUUAUCAAGACACGAAUGAUUGAUCCGGAUUUUAUGCCGGAACCGGAAGUGUUUAUUCCCGACAAUUGAAAUGUUAUGAAAAAUAUAUAAUCAUUGCACCUUUCGAUUAUUUUUAUUGGUUUAUUAAAUUUGGCUUACAGACUGUGAGUUAAGAUCUAGUACAAAAUUUGUUGUUAGUUUUCGUGACGACUAUUGCUUCUCGGAAACGGAACACUUUUUCUGCCUCGGAACUGACAACGGUCAAAACAAAUAAAUAAAAAUAUAAUUUUCAGUUCUGAAUGUCUGAUUGAUUAAAAUUUAUUUAAUAGAUACAACCCACAACAACAUUUCACUGUUGUCUUAUCGAAUACAAAAAAAAUCACAGAAAAUCCGCCUUUACAGAA